AUGAGGCUCCUCGGCUGGUGGCAGGUGCUGCUGUGGGCGCUGGGGCCUCCCGCCCACGGCCAGGGAGUUGCAGAGGAAAGUGGUCACAUAUGGUCAGGGGAGGAGCAGCCGGACCCUGCUCUCCAGAUGGGGACUGUGUACAUGAGUGAAGAGGAGCCUUCCCGUGGCCCAGUGGUCCUGGACACGUCAGCAGAAGAAGCUGAUGCAGUGCUGGGGCUGGACAGCGAGGGCAACCACAUGGUGAUGCUGUCUGUGAUUCCCGGGGAAGCCGGUGACAAACUGAGCUCGGAGCCCAGCAUCGGCACCUGUGCGGCUGGAAGGGAGGAAGACUCACCAUGCCACCUCCCAGAGAGCCUCUUUUCUCUGGACAGCGAUGGAGACACCUUCCCGGACAGAGAAGAGGUGGAUUACCUGCAGCAUUACACGGAGCCAGAAGCAGUGGAAACUGACCUGGCCCCCACCGAGGACUCCAAUCACACGGACAGCCAGAAAUUCCCCAAGGUCAGCUGUGAGGAGAGAAACGUUACCGGGCUAGAGAAUUUCACCCUGAAAAUUUUAAAUAUGUCCCAGGACCUUAUGGAUUUCCUCAACCCCAAUGGUAGCGACUGCACGCUAGUCUUGUUCUAUACCCCUUGGUGCCGAUUUUCUGCCAGCUUGGCCCCCCAUUUUAAUUCUCUGCCCCGGGCAUUUCCAGCUCUUCAUUUUUUGGCCCUGGAUGCAUCUCAGCAUAGCAGCCUUUCCACCAGGUUUGGCACUGUAGCUGUUCCUAACAUCUUGUUAUUUCAAGGAGCUAAACCAAUGGCUAGAUUUAAUCAUACAGACAGAACAUUGGAAACACUGAAAAUCUUCAUUUUUAACCAGACAGGUAUAGAAGCCAAGAAAAAUGUGGUGGUAACUCAAGCUGACCAAAUAGGCCCUCUUCCCAGCACUUUGAUAAAAAGCGUGGACUGGUUGCUUGUAUUUUCCUUAUUCUUUUUAAUUAGUUUUAUUAUGUAUGCUACUAUUCGAACUGAGAGCAUUCGGUGGCUAAUUCCAGGACAAGAGCAGGAACAUGUGGAGUAG